AAACCUUUCAUACACACACGUGAAAACCUUUCAUACACACAUAUGAAAACCUUUCAUACACACAUGUGAAAACUCGCUUGAAACGGAAGGAGUCUCACUUGAAACGGAAGGAAUCUCACAUGAAAAGGAAGGAAGGGGAUCUGACAGGAAACGGAAGUUGUUGUUUUAAGCGCGCACUUUACAACACUCACUAACCAACGAACGGCGGCUAUUUUUAUUUUUUCAAGACUCGGAUUUCUGCUCUACAGCCUGCGGGAAGCCUUACCUUCAGCUACUUAUGGCAUGUGGCAAUAAGUUGGUGUCUCCUAAGCUCCAGGAAGGUCAGGUGCUGAAUGGAAUGCUAAUCCAUAAAGUUUAUAAAACCAAAGCACUGUAUGUGAGACCAUCGAGAACACUUUUAUCUGACUCUGAAGACGAAAACGAAGCGACAAACAAACCUAUAAGCGUGUUCACCAUUGAUGACAAGGGUGACGAUGAUGAUUGUGUUGAAGUUGAUGGUCCACAAACAAGCAUGGAAAGUCAUGUUACCACAAGACCAGUUACAAGGUUUAGCAGUCGCUCUCAAAAUCAUCAUGAAGGUGGCAUUCCAUGCACCAGCAGCAAUAAUGAAGGUGGCCAUGACAUCAACCUUGAUCCUGCCAGUGCUGUGAAAAGGCAGAAAGGAAAGCAAGAAGAUGGCCAUUCUUCCAUGAGUGGUCAUAACAAAAGCUGCUUUGAGAGAAGUAAUGCAAACCUUGGCACAAGACCUCAUGAUGAUGACUAUUCUUCAUAUUUAACACUGGUUGCAGCUAUCUCUGAUGAAUCUUCAGAUGAUGAAAUAAACAUGGCUUUAAUUGCCAGUAUGGAAAGUCAACUUACAGAAAAUGUUCCAGUUCAGGAGAUACUGCUAGAUCUGUCUAGCAAACUUAACCCUCAGCACCAGUGCAAGUUCAACAUAAAUCGCUCUGCAGUCUGGGAAGGAGCCUUGCGAGGUUUUCGACGAGCAUCUUAUGACCCCAACUCCAUGAUCUAUGUGAAGUUCUCAGAUGACUUGGGAAGGAAUGAAGAAGGAGUUGAUCUUGGUGGGCCACGAAGGGAGUUCUUGAGGUUGCUAAUGGAGACCAUUGCUAUUUCCCCUAUGUUUGAGGGAAAACAAAACAAGAAGAACUUGGCUCUUAACAGUGCUGCUCUAAGAGAUGACUGGUACUACCUAGCUGGAAAAGCCAUAGCAGUGAGCUUGGUGCACGGUGGUCCUCCUCCAAAAUUCUUCUCACCAACACUUGGGAGCAACAAGAGAGCUGCAGAAGAGAAAGUUGUUACAUUUUGGAGAGAGUAUCUCCAGGAUGCAGAAGAAGAAGAGGAAGAAGGUCCAAGCAAACUCCAGAAGAUCCUGGCAUUUGCAACAGGAGCAUCUGAGGUGCCACCAAUUGGGUUUUCCCCAACUCCUUCUGUCCAGUUUAUCCAUGAUGAUGAUGACUUCUC